AUGGCUAGUGGCGGCGAGGCUCAGUUUCGCGACGCCUGCCACGAGGUGCGCAAAGUGGCUGGUGGGCUUUGGGAUGUCCCUCGCCAAAGAACGGCCCUUCUAGCCGCAGUCCUGGAUGCGGAGUUGCGGACAAUGAGCGGCGAGGAGGCGAAGCGCCUGAACACCUCGUUCCAAGAGCUCUUGUCCUCCUUGGAUGUCUCUGUGCCAGAGACCUUGGAAUGGUGGCUCCGUGCUCAGCAGUGA